CUAUGAGUCACGUCCUGGGCCUGGAGUUGAGGAGGGAAGCGCCGCCUCUCCUCGGGCCCCUUCUCUCCUCCUUUCCCCUCCCCGCGGGUUCCUGGCCUAGCCAGAUACUGCGCAGCAAUCACGGUUCUCCAUCACCAGUUUGCCUGGCGUCUCCGAGGCCGCGAGCUCCUGGAGGCUCCCCGUGGCCCAGAGUUAUAGUCGGGACACCUCGGUCGCGGGUGAUUGUCGGGUCUCCACGGGCCCGGGUCGCUGGGGCUGAUCAGGCUCCAGUGCCUUCUCGGGGCUCCCCGCAAGGCCGUAGGCGAGAUGAACAUUCUGGCGCCGGUGCGGAGGGACCGCGUCCUGGCGGAGCUGCCCCAGUGCCUGAGGAAGGAGGCCGCUUUGCACGUGCACAGAGACUUCAACCCCCGCGUCACCUGCGCCUGCCAGGAGCACCGGACAGGCACCGUGGGAUUUAAGAUCUCCAAAGUCAUUGUGGUGGGGGACCUGUCCGUAGGGAAGACUUGUCUCAUUAAUAGGUUCUGCAAAGAUACUUUUGAUAAGAAUUACAAGGCCACCAUUGGAGUGGACUUUGAGAUGGAACGAUUUGAGGUGUUGGGCGUCCCCUUCAGUCUGCAGCUCUGGGAUACUGCUGGACAGGAGAGGUUCAAAUGCAUUGCAUCAACCUAUUACCGAGGGGCUCAAGCCAUCAUCAUCGUCUUCAACCUGAAUGAUGUGGCCUCCCUGGAACAUACCAAGCAGUGGCUAGCUGAUGCACUCAAGGAGAACGACCCUUCCAGUGUGCUUCUCUUCCUCGUGGGUUCCAAGAAGGACUUGAGUACUCCUGCUCAGUAUAUGCUAAUGGAGAAAGACGCACUCAAGGUGGCCCAAGAGAUGAAGGCUGAGUACUGGGCGGUCUCAUCUCUCACUGGUGAAAAUGUCCGGGAAUUCUUCUUCCGUGUGGCGGCACUGACCUUUGAGGCCAACGUGCUGGCUGAGCUGGAGAAAUCGGGGGCCCGGCGCAUUGGGGACGUUGUCCGCAUCAACAGUGAUGACAGCAACCUUUACCUAACUGCCAACAAGAAGAAGCCCACGUGCUGCCCGUGAGCGGUAAGGGGACGGUCGAGAGACUGGCCAGCCCUGGGGCACUGUGCCACCUUGAUUGCCCUAGAGCUCGACCCUGGACACUUGCACUGAUUGUUUUUCCAGACCAAAGAGCUGCCCCUUCGUGGCAGUACCCCUGGAGGGGUAGCAGGGACCAUGCUAGUCACUUCCUGCCCCAGACACCAUGCCAAAGACUAGAUGUCCUCCCUCCCCAGGGGCUCUCCGGGCUGCCCAGCAGUGGGGAGGUAGUCCCUGCUGCUUUUGCUUAGCCUGCUGGACCCCUUGAGUAUGAGGAUGCUUAAUGAUCCAAGCCUUACACUGUGCCUUAUGCAUUAAAAUCUCUGUUGUUAGCA